CUUUUCCACCAGUUGCCCAUUUCCCUGCCUGGCUUGACUAUUCGGAUAAGGACAACUUUGGGGAGCUUCCUUUUUGCUUCAGGAGUCCAGCUAUCCUUUACCAAGAAGAAAUCUGUUAGUUUUAGACUGGGGAAUUCCUUUACAUAAAAAAUUAGAAUGAAAGAACCUUUGGAUGGUGAAUGUGGCAAAGCAAUGGCACCACAGCAGGGGCUUCUGGACAAAAUUAAAGAAGAACCUGACAAUGCUCAAGAGUACGGACAUGCCCCAAAGCCAAAAACUCAAGAAAGUGAACUGAAAAUCAGUGCUGUGUUUUCAGUCGGUGACAGUCCUCUUGCCCAACAGUUGACCCCAGGCUUUCAGUUUUCUCUUGCAUCAUCUGGCCCAAACAUAUUGCUUCCUUCGGUUCCAGCCAUAGCUAUUCAGGUUUUUUGUUCUGGUUGUAAAAAAAUGCUUUAUAAAGGCCAAACUGCAUAUCAUAAGACAGGAUCUACUCAGCUUUUCUGCUCCACGCGGUGCAUCACUGGAUAUUCUUCACCUGUCUGCGUGCCACCUCUUCCCAAGAAAACCUGCACAAACUGUUCAAAAGACAUUUUAAAUCCAAAGGAUGUGAUCACAACCCGAUUUGAAAAUUCUUCUCCUAGCAAAGAUUUCUGCAGCCAAUCAUGCCUUUCUUCUUAUGAGCUAAAGAAAAAACCUGUUGUCACCAUAUAUACCAAUAGCAUUUCAACCAAGUGCAGUAUGUGUCAGAAGAAUGCCGACAUUCGAUUUGAAGUUAAGUAUCAAAAUGUGGUGCAUGGUCUUUGUAGUGAUGCCUGUUUUUCAAAAUUUCACUCCGCCAACAACCUGACCAUGAACUGUUGCGAGAACUGUGGAAGCUACUGCUAUAGUAGCUCUGGCCCAUGCCAGUCCCAGAAGGUUUUUAGUUCAACAAGUGUCACAGCGUAUAAGCAGAAUUCAGCCCAAACUCCUCCAUAUGCCUUGGGGAAAUCAUUGAGGCCCUCAGCUGAAAUGAUUGAGACUACCAAUGACUCAGGAAAAACUGAGCUUUUCUGCUCUAUUAAUUGCUUAUCUGCUUACAGAGUUAAGACAGUUAUUUCUUCAGGUGUCCAGGUUUCAUGUCAUAGUUGUAAAACCUCAGCAAUCCCUCAGUAUCACCUAGCCAUGUCCAAUGGAACCAUAUACAGCUUCUGCAGCUCCAAUUGUGUGGUGGCUUUCCAGAAUGUAUUUAACAAGCCCAAAGGAACAAACUCUUCAGCGGCACCCCCAUCUCAGGGCCAAGUGGUUGUAAGCCCACCGUCUGGGUCAGCAGUGUCAGCUACAGGAGGUAACGCCUCUGCCGGUUCCGGUUCCGGUCCCACCGGCUCCAUCAGCAGCUCUGCCUCUGCCACAGCCAGUUUCCAGCCUCUUGCUGCCCCAUCCCAAGUUGCUGUAGCUCAGACACUUGUUAAACUCAAGUGUCAACACUGUAGCCAUCUGUUUGCCACAAAACCAGAACUCCUUUUCUACAAGGGUAAAAUGUUUCUGUUUUGUGGCAAGACUUGCUCUGAUGAAUACAAAAAGAAACAUAAAGUUAUGGCAAUGUGUGACUACUGUAAAUUGCAGAAAAUUAUAAAGGAGACUGUCCGAUUCUCAGGGGUUGAUAAGCCAUUCUGUAGUGAAGAGUACCUUCUCCUUGGGGUGCCUGGCUUACUGGGAAGCACACAGACAGAUGCCAUGAAACUUCUAUCUUCCCAGUGUUCCAGGCUUUUAAAAAACAAAGCAGUAUUGUGCAAGCCUGUCACACAGACCAAGGCCACCUCUUGCAAACCACAUACACAACACAAGGAAUGUCAGACAGAUUUCCCUGUGCCUAAUGAGAAACGUGAUGCGGAACUUGAGUCUCCACCUGCAAAGAAAAAAAGAAUAGGUUUUUUCCAGACUUAUGAUGCGGAAUAUUUAAAAGUUGGUUUUAUUAUCUGCCCAGGAUCAAAAGAAAGUUCACCAAGGCCACAAUGUGUCAUUUGUGGAGAAAUUUUAUCCACUGAAAACAUGAAGCCAGCAAAUCUUUCUCAUCAUUUAAAGACAAAACAUUCAGAAUUAGAAAACAAACCGGUAGAUUUUUUUGAACAAAAAUCUCUUGAAAUGGAAUGUCAAAAUAGUUCUUUAAAAAAGUGUUUACUAGUUGAAAAGUCACUUGUGAAAGCUUCUUACUUAAUUGCUUUUCAAAUUGCUGCCAGCAAGAAGCCGUUCUCCAUUGCUGAAGAAUUAAUUAAACCAUAUUUAGUAGAGAUGUGUUCAGAAGUUUUGGGUUCAAGUGCUGGAGACAAAAUGAAAACCAUUCCUCUUUCUAAUAAUACGAUUGGACACAGGAUUGAUGAACUGUCUGCAGACAUUGAAGAUCAGCUGAUUCAAAAAGUCAGAAAGUCCAAGUGGUUUGCCCUUCAGGUAGAUGAAUCAUCAGAAAUCUCAAAUAUCACCCUUCUUUUGUGCUAUAUUCGUUUCAUUGAUUAUGAUUGCAGUGAUAUAAAAGAAGAAUUACUAUGUUGCAUUGAAAUGCCCUCUCAAAUAACUGGCUUUGAAAUAUUUGAACUAAUAAGUAAAUACAUUGACAGUAAAUCUCUGAAUUGGAUACAUUGUGUUGGUCUCUGUACAGAUGAGGCUGCAAGCCUGACCGGCAGGGGUUCUGCUUUCAGGGCAAAAAUUCAAGAAAUUGCCACGAAUACAGUGGCAUUUACACACUGUUUUAUUCACCGUGAGCAUUUAGCAGCAGCAAAGUUGUCUCCAUGCUUACAUGAAAUUCUUUUGCAGUCAGCACAAAUUUUAGGUUUUAUAAAGAGCAAUGCAUUGAAUUCACGAAUGUUAACAAUUUUGUGUGAAGACAUGGGGUCUGAGCAUGUGAAUUUACCACUUCAUGCUGAAGUACGUUGGAUAUCGAGAGGGAGAAUUUUAACAAGAUUAUUUGAAUUACGACAUGAAAUUGAAAUUUUUUUAAACCAAAAGCAUUCAGAUUUGGCCAGGUAUUUUCUUGAUGAGGAAUGGGUUGCAAAGUUGGCCUAUUUAUCAGAUAUUUUUUCACUUAUAAAUGAACUCAAUUCAAGUCUCCAAGGAACUAUGACUACUCUCUUCAAUUUGUAUAAUAAAAUGGAUAUAUUUAAGGAAAAGUUAAAAAUGUGGUUGAAGCGCACACAAGAGAAUGAUUAUGACAUGUUCCCUUCAUUUUCAGAAUUCUUAAACUCAUCAGACUUAAAUAUGAGAGGCAUUGCAAGCAUUAUUUCUGAGCACCUAGAAGGACUUUCUCAAAUGUUCCAUGACUGUUAUCCACCAGAAGAAGACUUGCGUUCAGGAAAUUUGUGGAUAAUUAAUCCUUUUAUGAAUCACCAAAAUAGUAAUCUCACGGACUUUGAAGAAGAAAAACUAGUACAGUUAUCUUCAGAUUUGGAAUUACAAUCAGUAUUUAAAUCAAUGUCUGUAACUCAGUUUUGGAUAAAUGCAAAGACAAGUUACCCAGAGCUCCAUGAAAAGGCAAUGAAGUUUUUGUUGCCUUUUUCAACUAUUUAUUUAUGUGAUGCUACAUUUUCCGCUUUGACGGAGUCAAAACAAAGAAAUUUGUUGGUUUCUGGUCCUGCUCUAAGACUUGCGGUCACAUCUUUAAUUCCAAGGAUAGAAAAAUUAGUAAAAGAGAAAGAAUAGUAACAUGGAUCUGUUGCUUAUUAUCAAAGUCUAUAAUUUUGUGUUAAAUUUUCUAUAAGUACCCUAAAAUAUAAUUUCCUAAUGUGGAUAUGUGUUUUCAGUGAUUAAAUAAGUGUUUUAGUAA